ACCGGCUGUAACGGCCUCUCCACGGCCUUCUUCAGCAGAGCAUGUGCUGUUGGCUGAGAUGGCCGUGCAGAAUGGCAGGCUGACGGUGCUGCUGCACGUGUCGCCUGAUUAGCUGCCUGUACCAAGCGCCAUGCCCGACAUUGAUGGUGUCUGUAGCCAGCCAUUGCUACCCGCAUGGGUCGUACAGUUGAGAGAUCAUUUGCUUGCAGGGGUUGGUUAAAUCAUGCAAAUAGUCCAUAGCGAAUGUCAGGUAAUAGUCUGCCUGCCCAGUCUCGACUCUGACAUCUCUGUGUACCUCCACGUUAUGUCGUUAUUCGUACACAUGCAACAUCGAUACUAAUAAUACCGAUAGUGAUAGUAAUACGUGAUCGAGUAAGGCCAGGAACGUAGCUUUACUGUAACACUCAGCGACUGUCAGUACUCACUCGUCGUCGGAAGCCCUGAAUGAACUGCUUACAACUGUCCCACAGGUGAAGGUUCGAUGCUGAAUACUAGCGCCAGUCCCCAGUCUCACACAAAGAUUGCCCGACCUUUUGGGCUGCGAUAUCUGAUGCGAUAACAGACCAAACUUGGCAAGGGAGGCCUGCAAGCGCUGGUGCCAGAGUUGGGAGGACCAGAGAACCUGAGAAUCAACGAGUCGACGCAUAUGCAGAGUAGUGCCAUUGCCAGCAACCGACGUAGAUCUAUUGAAGUGUGUCGUCACACUCGCUAGAUCUCAGACCAGACAACGACGACCAACGCACGCAGAUCUAGUGUGAGUGCAUUCCCUUGCACUGCUUAGGUUGCGUUGCCUUGCUGGUCGUAGUAGACCUAUGAGCCAGCCACAGAUACAGUCCUGAACGGUGAGCGGGAAUAACUGGAGAGUGUGGUUCAUUGCGUCGGCUGCACGCGGGCCGUCGAUGUUGGUUUCACUUUUACAACCUGUGAACCUUGUAGUAUUACCAUCAGUAGAAUCGAGAAGUGUGCAGGCUUGCGUUCCUUCACCUUAGACUUCGUGUUCCGAGUGCACUGAAAGCGGACCCGUGAAAGACAAGUAGUGCUGCUGUCGGCAGUAAGGUUGCUGACCUGGAUCUUGCCAUCUUCAUGGCCGCUCGACAACGGUCCAUGUUUGUGACAGAGGUUGACCGCUGUGGUUUCUGACCUGACCAACAUACUUACCAGGACGGGGGCACGGAAGAAGUGCGGCCAGUGCUCAACGCCGUCCAUUGGCAGCUGCUUCGGUUCAACUGCAGAGACGGAUCCAGUAGCAGUGGAGGCCUGGUGUGUGUGGUGGUGGACCUCGAUACGAGGCUCCGGCAAGGUCGAAGUGAUCGCGCCCGCCAAAUGGCAAGGUGUUGCAACACACUGAUACUCUGUGUCGUCGUACUGUUGUCACCAGCAUGCCUGUUCACUGAAGCAUUAGUGCCGUCGAUACGCAUGGUCUCGCCACCUCACCUCUACAGCGAGCCGACAUCGACCGUGGUGCUGCACUGCGCGUACAACGCCUCUGACUCGGCGGUCAUCGUCACCUGGAGUCACAACAACAGUGUGGUGGCAUCCAAUCACUUCACGGUGCGCACCACCGAGGUUCACACUGAGCUCACCCUUCAGCAGCUGUCGUGGAAGGACAGCGGCCUGUACGCGUGCUCAGUGACCGGACGCACGGGUAGAAGCACGGCCAUAACAAGGCUCGAGGUCGUAUCCCGGGAAGUUGAUCUAUCAGCGGGAGCAGCUGGAGAGACAGCUGGAGACCAGCCUGCACUGAUCAUACCGGACCCAGACCUGGACGUGCUCACACACAAUAACCGAGAGCGACACCAGAAGGAUCAUCCUUUCUGGACAGGAUAUCGGGGUACAGACGUGGCGGCGAGACCCCCUGCGGGUCCCGCUAAUCAGAAGGGCAAGGGUGAAGGUGUGCACAAGGCAGCCUGGUUCAUCGUGACACUGUGUAUUGCUCUCGUCGUGUGUUCAGCUAUCGCCAUCAUGCUUUGUGCUGCUCGGCGUAGGGCUAGAGCGCGGAGAAUCGCUAAAGCAAACAAAGCUCUCAAAGCACAAGAGGAGGGCGAGGAGGGGCUGAAAGAAGAAUCACAAGUGGCACCAGCGACGAAUGGCGACAGCACUUUACAGGCUGCAAGUGACGUAGAGGCCAAGGCAAAGAAGUAUGGAUUUGACUACAGCAAACCGCAAGCCGUGCAAACCCUGUCCCACAGUCCCCAGAACUCACCGCGGCAAUCGUUCCGCGCCGCCAAGUCAGAGUCCACCAUACCACAGCUGCUGACACAGAAGAAGGAGAGAUCGUCCUCAGUCACGCCGUCGCCAACGGAGAAACCAGCAGAGUCGUUCAUGCUCACCACCUCGCUGAGCGACGUAGCAGCUCUGUCCAAGGAUGCCGCAAGGAAGUCCAAGCACCGAAACAAGCCGGCUCAAAAUGGAGAGGCUGCCGACCUGCAGCAUUCGCCGUUGGCAUCUGCUGCCCAGCGAUCUGCUAGUGUGUCUGAUAUCAAGGACACGAGCGAGACAAAUCUCACGGAACCGCAUUCGAAGCAGUCUUCCCGCUUGCGUCUGACAAUCAGUGAAAUGACCAAAGGAGCAUUCAAGAGUCUCAGAAAACCGCACAAAGACAGCAAGGGAGCAAAGAAAUUGAACGAUGAAACUUCAACACGUACUCGUUCCAAAACAACAUCCAGCAUUGCACAACCACCCAAAAAGCUGAUUCCAGCAGAACCGUCCAAGGUUGAGGGUGCCACAAUGAGUGAGAAGCAGGAUAUGCCAGCUAGUGAAGAUCCGGAGGAGAACGAACUGAAGGAGAUAGCUGAAGCUCAAACAAUGCACGGAAUGGGAGCUCUAAAAUUGUCGAAGUCACUGGAGUGCUUGGAGAUGCGAGAUGAUUCUGAGCUUGCAAGGAUUGGCCGUCGCAGCGGGUCGCUGACCCCACCUCCUACUGGCUGCGCUCCGUUGGGGCUGCUUCGACCAAAGCCUCGUCCCAGAGCCAGCACCACCGUGGCUAAAGCAAAGAAGCCACGCGUGGUUGUGGAAUAUCGAACGGUCAGCCCCACGUCGUGGGACUACAGCAACGGAACACCUCCGGCUCUGCCUGUCAUACAGAACGCAGCGGCCGGCAUAUCGACGCCGCCGUCAACACUAUCAAAGACUAAAAAGGAGCUACCGGAAGUGACCUUGUCCUGCUCUGGUAGUAGUGCUGGUGCACCCCCGCUACCGUCUGGACGACCACCACCACCACCGCUAGACAGGAAGCCAAUACCCAUGCCGGUGCCAAGGAAAAGCCGAAAAGCUAACAGCAGCAGCAAUGGUGCUACAAGCAGCGAAGGAGACAAGUCGGUGAGCACAGAGCAGCUAGUUAGAGAGAAGCAGCAGUGUGAGGCAUAUGAAAAGGUGGACGUGGCGGCAUUGCUAAGGCCCGGCGGUGGUGCAAACAGCGUUCCACAGACCAAAGUCCACAAGACACACAGCGCUCCCAAAGCCAAUCACAUUUAUGACAAGCCCGAGGGUAGAGACGCUCCCGCUAAUCAGCGUUCACGGCCCGACGUAGCUCUAUCGUAUGCCAUAUCCGGGCCACUCGACGAUCGGAUGCAGCCGCCAGCAAAACCACCCCAUACGCGUCGCUCGGCUGGAGAUAUACAAAUAGCCGAUCUUGACGAUAUUCUAAGAUCUAUUGAAGACAACACAGAGGAUCUGAACAAGAUUUCUGGCCAGACACUUACUACUCCCGGUGGUGCAGACGAGUCACCUUCAGACCAGCUAUUGCCUGAACUGCCCCACUUCUAUGAUCGACCCGGUCAUAUGGAAAAACCAAAGGGACGAGAUCGCAGCCAAUCUCUCAACCAACGACCGACCAAAGCUGGACAUGAACCUCUUGUGGAAUAUACAUCAUUGGAGUUCACACGCAAGAACAAGGGCGACCAGAAGGACGUCAAGCCGGUUGGACCAACAGUCUACGCGCUUGUGGACCCAAAGGCCACCAGUGCAGAUCCAUCGACCAAGGCGCCACCCAGACCCAAAUCACCAAGUGAUGACUACGAGCCCGUGGAAGCGCCUCGCCUGGUACCACACUCAUUCAAGGCACAAAAGCCAAAGGAGCAAUUUCAAGCACAGCAACAGCAGCAAAAGCGUUUUAAAAAGCCGGUCUUUCAGAAAAGUCUCAAGUGGUGAUAGAUGAUGAAAGAAACAAAUAAGGACGACUGUGAUUAUUUUUCAAUUUUCGGCUUUAGCCCAGUUAUGAUAAUUUUAGAUUGAAAACAGCCAGGACUGUGACUUAGAUUUGUUAUUACCCUUGCUGUACAAACCCGAGACCUCGCUGUGCAAACCUGACACAGCUCGCUGAUUUCAAAACAAUUCUGGAAAUAUUCAACUGAUAUCUGACAAAUUUAUAGAGCUCCUUUUUUUAUUAACGAUUUCGUAUGUAUGGAAAGCAGCUGCAGAAAUUCUAGUAGCAUUUGAACAAUAGCAAAAUUAUCCACAUCAUUUGCAUGGUAUACCCUUUGUCACUGUUGUACAUAAUCAACACAUGUCAAGAAUAUUAGAUUAUACAAGUAGUGAUCUCUUUUGAACUCACCAAUAUCAUG